AUGCUAUCUCAAGAUUCUUGCUACGGUGUUGCAUUCAGAUCUAUCAUCACCAAUGAUGAAGCUCUAUUCAAGAAAACUAUUCACUUCUACCAUACUUUAGGGUUUGCCACCGUCAAAGAUUUCAAUAAAUUCAAACAUGGUGAAAAUAGCUUAUUAUCUUCAGGGACUUCUCAAGAUUCUUUGAGAGAAGUUUGGUUAGAAUCUUUUAAAUUGAGUGAAGUGGAUGCUUCUGGUUUCCGUAUACCACAACAAGAAGCAACCAAUAAGGCUCAAAGUCAAGGUGCUUUGUUGAAGAUUCGUUUAGUUAUGUCUGCCCCAAUUGAUGAGACUUUCGAUACCAAUGAAACUGCCACAAUUACUUAUUUCUCUACUGAUUUAAACAAGAUCGUCGAACAAUUCCCAAAACAAGCCGAAAAGUUAUCCGAUACCUUAGUAUUCUUGAAAGAUCCAAUGGGCAACAACAUCACUUUCUCAGGCUUAGCUAACGCCACCGAUUCUGCUCCAACUUCCAAAGACACUUUCUUGGAUGCCACCUCUGAGGAUGAGAUCAUUUCUAGAGCUUCUUCCGAUGCUUCUGACUUAUUGAGACAAACAUUAGGCUCUUCUCAAAAGAAGAAGAAAAUUGCCGUCAUGACUUCCGGUGGUGAUUCUCCUGGUAUGAAUGCUGCUGUUCGUGCUGUUGUUCGUACAGGUAUACACUUUGGUUGUGAUGUCUUUGCCGUUUACGAAGGUUACGAAGGUCUACUAAGAGGCGGUAAAUACUUAAAAAAAAUGGCCUGGGAAGACGUCAGAGGUUGGUUGAGUGAAGGUGGUACUUUGAUUGGUACUGCUCGUUCUAUGGAAUUCAAGAAGCGUGAGGGUCGUAGACAAGCCGCAGGCAAUUUGAUUUCUCAAGGUAUCGAUGCUUUGAUUGUCUGUGGUGGUGACGGUUCUCUGACUGGUGCUGAUCUUUUCAGACACGAAUGGCCAUCCUUGGUCGAAGAAUUGGUUGCUGAAGGUAGAUUCACUAAAGAAGAGGUUGCUCCAUUCAAGAAUUUGUCCAUCGUUGGUCUUGUUGGUUCUAUUGAUAAUGAUAUGUCUGGUACUGACUCCACCAUUGGUGCUUACUCUGCUCUGGAAAGAAUCUGUGAAAUGGUUGACUAUAUCGAUGCUACUGCUAAGUCUCAUUCUCGUGCCUUCGUUGUCGAAGUUAUGGGUAGACAUUGUGGUUGGUUGGCCUUGAUGGCUGGUAUUGCCACUGGUGCUGAUUAUAUUUUCAUUCCAGAAAGAGCUGUCCCUCACGGCAAAUGGCAAGACGAAUUGAAAGAGGUUUGUCAAAGACAUAGAAGCAAGGGCAGAAGAAACAACACCAUCAUUGUCGCUGAAGGUGCUUUGGAUGAUCUAUUGAACCCCGUUACGGCAAAUGACGUUAAAGACGCCCUAGUCGAUUUAGGUUUAGAUACCAAAGUGACCAUUCUAGGUCAUGUUCAAAGAGGUGGUACCGCUGUUGCUCAUGACAGAUGGUUGGCUACUUUGCAAGGUGUUGAUGCUGUCAAGGCAGUUCUAGAAUUCACUCCGGAAACUCCUUCUCCAUUAAUUGGUAUCUUAGAGAACAAAAUUAUUAGAAUGCCAUUGGUUGAAUCUGUGAAGUUGACUAAAUCUGUCGCCACUGCCAUUGAAAACAAAGAUUUCGAUAAAGCAAUUUCUCUAAGAGAUACCGAAUUUAUUGAAUUAUACGAGAACUUCUUGUCUACUACCGUUAAAGAUGAUGGCUCCGAGUUUCUACCAGUGUCCGAUAGAUUGAAUAUCGGUAUUGUCCACGUUGGUGCUCCAUCGGCUGCUUUGAAUGCUGCUACUCGUGCCGCGACUUUAUACUGUUUGUCUCACGGGCACAAACCUUACGCUAUCAUGAACGGUUUCAGUGGGUUGAUUCAAACCGGUGAAGUUAAGGAGUUGUCAUGGAUUGAUGUUGAAAACUGGCACAACUUGGGUGGUUCCGAAAUCGGUACCAACAGAUCUGUUGCCUCAGAAGACUUGGGUACUAUCGCUUACUACUUCCAAAAGAAUAAACUAGAUGGUUUGAUUAUCCUUGGUGGUUUUGAAGGUUUCAAAUCUUUGAAGCAAUUGCGUGAUGGUAGGACUCAACACCCAAUCUUCAACAUCCCAAUGUGUUUGAUUCCAGCUACUGUUUCCAACAACGUUCCAGGUACUGAGUAUUCACUUGGUGUUGAUACCUGUUUGAACGCAUUGGUCAAUUACACCGAUGAUAUUAAACAAAGUGCUUCUGCCACCAGAAGAAGAGUAUUCGUUUGCGAAGUCCAAGGUGGUCACUCCGGUUAUAUCGCUUCCUUCACUGGUUUGAUUACUGGUGCUGUUUCUGUGUACACUCCAGAAAAGAAGAUCGAUCUAGCUUCCAUCAGAGAAGAUAUAACUUUGUUACAAGAAAACUUCCGUCACGAUAAAGGUGAAAACAGAAAUGGUAAGCUACUGGUCAGAAAUGAACAAGCUUCUAGCGUAUAUAGCACACAAUUACUUGCUGACAUCAUUUCCGAAGCAAGCAAGGGUAAGUUCGGUGUUAGAACCGCCAUUCCUGGACAUGUCCAACAAGGUGGUGUUCCAUCUUCCAAGGAUCGUGUUACUGCUUCUAGAUUUGCUGUUAAAUGUAUCAAGUUCAUUGAAAAAUGGAACAAGAAGAAUGAAGCUUCUCCAAACACUGAUGCUAAGGUUUUGAGAUUCAAGUUCGAUACCCACGGGGAAAAAGUACCUACAGUUGAACACGAAGAUGACUCUGCUGCUGUUAUCUGCGUCAAUGGUUCUCACGUUUCCUUCAAGCCAAUUGCCAACCUAUGGGAAAAUGAAACCAAUGUUGAAUUAAGAAAGGGUCAUGAAGUCCACUGGGCUGAAUACAACAAGAUUGGUGACAUUCUAUCCGGUAGAUUAAUGUUGAGAGCUGAAGUGGCCGCUUCAACCACCGAGAACAAGUGA